UCUAAGUUGUCUAAGUUGCCCAAGAUUUGGAGUCUGGUGGCAUAAGGUAUUUUAUUGCGGGUAGAGGAGUGGAGGACUCGUCUCGUAAAAUAUCUCUGGACUCUCUCGUCUUAUCUGAUGUAGGGUCUCAAGCAGGAUAAAUGGUUGUCCAAUCCCUUAAAAAGCAUGGUGGUUCUUUAGGAGAGGCUGUAUCAGGCCGGGAGAAUUGUGUUCACACAACAUACUGAACUACAAACUGGACUCACUCUCCAAUCAGAUUUGAAUGUCACCCAGGAACUACAGAAAAUGGCUUUGGGCCUUGAGUACCAGAGAAUAUGCUUCUGUAACAGGUCAAAGGAAUAUCGAGAAAGUUCUUGUGGCAAACCGAGGAGAAAUUGCUUGCAGAGUGAUGCGCACCGCUCGGAAGAUGGGGGUGAAAUCGGUGGCAGUUUACAGCGAGGCUGACCGGAAUUCAAUGCACGUAGCCAUGGCUGAUGAAGCCUAUUGCAUUGGUCCAGCACCAUCUCAGCAGAGCUACCUAUCCAUGGAAAAAAUAAUGCAAGUGGCCAGAAACUCUGCAGCACAGGCUAUCCAUCCGGGCUAUGGUUUCCUAUCCGAAAACACAGAGUUUGCUGAACUGUGUAACCAAGAAGGGAUAAUUUUCAUAGGUCCUCCUUCAUCUGCUAUCAGAGAUAUGGGCAUCAAGAGUACUUCUAAGGCCAUCAUGUCUGCGGCUGGAGUUCCUGUGGUGGAAGGUUACCACGGGGAAGAACAAUCGGACAGGUUUUUGGAAGAGCAAGCCAGAAGGAUCGGCUACCCAGUGAUGAUCAAAGCUGUCCGUGGAGGUGGAGGCAAGGGAAUGAGAAUAGCAUUUACUGAAAAAGAAUUUCAGGAGCAAUUGGAAUCAGCUCGAAGAGAAGCAAAGAAGUCCUUUAACGACGAUGCCAUGUUGAUAGAGAAGUUUGUUGACAAUCCAAGGCACGUAGAAGUUCAAGUAUUUGGAGACCAACAUGGCAACGCAGUCUACCUGUUUGAAAGAGAUUGCAGUGUACAGAGAAGGCAUCAAAAAAUUAUUGAGGAAGCUCCAGGGCCAGGAAUUAAGCCCGAAGUGAGAAGAAAGCUUGGAGAAGCCGCCGUUAGGGCAGCAAAAGCCGUGAACUACGUUGGAGCAGGAACUGUGGAGUUUAUCAUGGACAGUACACAUAAUUUCUAUUUCAUGGAAAUGAAUACCAGGCUGCAGGUGGAGCAUCCAGUUACUGAGAUGAUCACAGGGACGGACCUGGUGGAAUGGCAACUGAAGGUGGCUGCAGGAGAGAAGAUUCCUCUAACUCAGGAAGAGAUUGCCCUCAAGGGACAUGCAUUUGAAGCUAGGAUCUACGCUGAAGAUCCCGACAACAACUUCAUGCCAGGAGCUGGACCUUUACUGCAUCUGUCCACACCUCCUGCUGACAGCUGCACCAGGAUAGAAACUGGGGUAAGACAAGGGGAUGAGGUUUCUAUACACUAUGAUCCGAUGAUUGCUAAAUUAGUCGUCUGGGCAGAAGAUCGCCCAGCUGCCUUAAGGAAAUUAAGAUACUGCCUCCAACAAUAUAAUAUUGUCGGACUGAGCACCAAUGUGGAUUUCUUACUGAAUCUCUCAGCCCAUCCAGAGUUUGAGGCUGGGAACGUUCACACUAAUUUUAUCCCUCAACACCACAGGGAGCUUUUUCCACCCAAACGGUCGAUUUCAAAAGUGACUUUGUGCCAGGCAGCUCUUGGGCUCAUCCUGAAAGAGAAACUGGUAACUGAUACCUUUAGACUCCAGACAGAAGAUAAGUUCUCUCCAUUUGCAUCCAGCAGUGGCAGGAGAAUGAAUAUCCCCUAUGUUAGAAAUAUGGUUCUCUUGGAUAAUGAAAAAAAUGUGAAUAUUGCCGUACAGUACAAUCAGGAUGGAUCUUAUGACAUGCAGAUAGCGGAUCAGUUUUUCCAUGUUUCUGGUUGCCUCUCAAGGAAUGAUGACAUAGAAUAUAUAAGAUGUUCAGUGAAUGGAGUUAUAUACCAGUCCAAAUUGGUAGUUCUGGACACUGCCGUUUAUCUCUUCUCGUCGGAAAGUCAUGAGCAGAUUGAUCUUCCGGUACCAAAAUAUUUAACUAGCACGAGUUCAGGAGGAGGUCACAGUGGGGCUGUAGCUCCCAUGACAGGGACAGUGGACAAGGUGUUUGUGAAAUCGGGAGACAAAGUUCAAGUUGGAGACUCCCUUGUGGUGAUGACAGCUAUGAAAAUGGAGCAUACCAUCCGGGCUCCCAAGGCAGGAAUAAUAAAGAAAGUCCUUUAUCAGGAGGGUUCGCAGGUCAACAGACAUGCUCCUCUUGUUGAGUUAGAAGAGGAAGACUGACUCAGAAUAAUCCCCAGUGAUUGGAGGAAGAACUGCCUCUAAAUUCUUUGCUCACGAGAAUGAAAGAGAAGAGCUCAAGGAUUGGUUUACCUCUACACGGCCAUGUUUGAUGAUCCUCAGUGUUUCAGAAAUGAUCCUUUCUUAUUGCUGGAUUUCUUAGCAGUUGAUUACUCUCCAUGAAAGCAAAAAAACAGUCCCCAACGAAAAAUGUUUUAAAUCUCCACUUGAGAGGGUGUCUGUUACAACAGAAAACUGUGAUGCUUGCAUGGGGAGUCCAGAGAACUUCCUCCAAUCUAACCAAUAUGCUUUUUGGAGAAUUGGGACUUGAAAAGUUUGUGAUUAUAUUUUCAUUAAGCCAGCAAUGUAAUCUGAUAGUCCUGGAUGAGGUGAGUUGUCACAUCUCCACUGGCAUCAUAAUAGCUUGAUCCGGGAUAGUCAGUGUGGAUGAAGAAGUCUGGACUGAAUCUACUAAAGAACAGAAGAUAAUGAAGUAAUGUACCUUUCCAGAAUCUGUACUCAUUUGAGGGAUCAAUGAUAGCAGAAACUUUUUCCUCUUUACUGACUUGUGUUGUUUCUUUGGAAAACAGCUGCAAUGACCAUUUACAAUUUCAAAGACCAGAUUCAAUUGCAUUGUUUUAAAACAAGGGUCUCCAACCUUGGCAACUUUAAGUUGUCAACCCCUAUUUUAAAACAUUUUGAGAGCUGUGGUUGGGAAUGACAAAUUGGGAUUUGUAAUUUAAGACAGGGACGGUUUGUUCUGAUCUAUUUUUGUCUCGGGUUUGAUUUUCUGAUCAUGGCAUUUCUAAUACAAGAUUUCUAUGUUUUAUACAGUACAUUUAAAAGGCUAAUUAACAUGUGGUUAGGAACACAGCUCUGCAAGUAUUUUUCCUACAUUUUCAUCUCUUACUGUGAUUUGUAGAAUUCUUGAGUGGAAAUAAGAAUUUGCAUAUGAGAUCCUGCAACUUAGACCGAUGCAUGUUUGAAGGUGGAUGCUAUUUUUCCAAUAAUUUUAGCAGUCUGAGCAAACAAGUGAACUUAAGUUUGAGAGCAGUUCCGUGGGAAAAGAGAACUGUUGAAUUUGGAGGCACAUUGCCCUGUUGCUUGAUCUAUUUUCUUCUCCCUUCCCAACUCAGAUCAGAGAGUUUGCCUAAACAAACUCUCUUUCUGAGCUGCUUUUCUUCCCAGCAACCCUAAAGCACUAACUGCAACUUAACAAGUUUAGUUCUAUGACUUAAAUUAAUGGAACUUCCCAACCAGCUUGUGCUGCUAUAUGAAACUGACCGGACCCUAAUUAGUUUCACACAAAAGGCUUGCUUUUGUCUCCUAAGUGCAACCAAUGUUUGCCAUUCCUUUUGAAGUAUGUUCCCCGUUGCCUACUUACUCUCUUAUAAUCCCUUUCUCUCCAAUGGAUGUAAAUACAAAUUUCAAUUCUCUUCUUGUUAAUGAUCAGAGCUUUCAUGAUCACAUGGUCACAUGCAUUCCAAAGGGCAGGAGAGUAGAGAAAGGGGACUGUUAACAUUUGCCUUUUUACCUAGCUAUCUUGUGAGUUGAGUUGCCGGAACCUUCCCCACCAUUUGAGUUCCCAGGUCUCUUUGAGGAUGUAUCCUUCUGAUUCUGUAAAGCAAAGCAAAGCUGAAGUAAAACCCUAAGCAUUG